AAAGAAAUUCAAACACUAAAUCAUAUUUGCUUUGAAUUCCUAGCAAUUUCGUUCUCAAAAUCCCACACAAAAAAACCAAAUCAAAUUAAUAAAAUAAAAUAAAUAAAUGGAAACAAUAGAAAAAUCUUAAUUAAAUCCCGAAAAAAAAAUGGAUGUAGUAACGUUCGGAAUCAUCGUGGGUAUAAUAAUCCUCUUUCUCUGCGCCGUUUGUUUCAUCGCAAUCGAGGGCACCUGCAAGAGGAAGUAACUAACCCCGCAUUAAACCCUCGGCUCAAUUUUUCUCUCUCCAAACACGCCCUUAGCCGCAAAUGGGGGUUUUUUCAGAUAAGCAGCGGCGGAUCUGUUUCUGUUUCUGUUUCUGUUUGUUUGGCGUUUUGCUGGCGGUGGGGGUUGGAUUCUCUGUGGCGGCACCUCACCAGUGCAGUGGACACGACCACCACCACCACCACGAUCACCACCGCCACGUGGACGAUGAGGAUGUAGGGUUAAUCGAGAAGAAUGAUCAACGGCGGCCGAUGCUUCUUCCGGAAGAAAUUGCCGAGGAGGAAGAUCUGAAGAUGAUGUCAGCAAUUGACGAUCAUCGCCAUGGCUUUGAUCAUGUGCAUCAUGUGCAUAACCAUCAUAGUCAUGUGGAGCUUUCUGGACUUGGUCUUUGGAUCAAUGCAAUGGGUUGUUCGCUACUGGUUAGCUUGGCUUCGCUUAUUUGCCUGAUUUUGCUGCCUUUGAUAUUUAUACAGGGGAAGCCAUCAAAGGCAAUUGUCGAUUCUUUAGCAUUGUUUGGGGCUGGAGCCAUGCUUGGUGAUGCUUUUCUUCAUCAAUUACCACAUGCUUUUGCAGGUGGUGAGCAUUCACACUCUCAUGAUGACCACGAUCAUCAUCAUUCUGACGUGGGACAGUCUCAUUCACAUUCCUUAAAGGAUCUUUCCAUUGGUUUGUCAAUCUUGGCUGGAAUUGUUGUGUUUCUUAUUGUCGAGAAACUUGUGAGAUACGUCGAAGCUUUUUCUGGAGGAGAAAAUUCUUGGGGUCAUCACCACCACCACCACCAUAAGCAGACAAACAAAUCGGACGAUGAUGAUGAAUUGUCUCCUGCUGAGAAAAAAGGAAAAUUGACUGAAAAAAUAUCCGAAGAAAAUGAAUCGGAUACAGCUACUGACCUCGAUAAAACAAGCUCAAACGAUGUUUUGCGUAAGAGAAAUACUCAAAGUAGUGCUCCCCAAGACGAACCUGUGAAUGGAAAUGUGGGGUCUAUUAACAAGAAAGAAAAAGAACCUGUCAAGUCGCAGUCGAGUUUGGUGUUUGGUUACCUGAACCUCUUCUCAGAUGGAGUGCAUAAUUUUACUGAUGGGAUGGCUUUGGGAAGUGCUUUCCUCCUUUACGGAUCUGUUGGUGGAUGGUCGAGAACUCUUUUCCUUCUUGCUCACGAGCUUCCUCAAGAGAUUGGCGAUUUUGGAAUUUUGGUGAGAUCUGGUUUUAGUGUCUCAAAAGCCCUCUUCUUUAACUUUCUAUCGGCACUGGUGGCAUUAGCAGGAACCGCUCUGGCUUUGAUGUGGGGAAAGGAUCCAGGGCAGUCUUCUUUGAUUGAGGGGUUUACUGCUGGGGGUUUCAUGUAUAUUGCACUUGCUGGAGUGUUGGCAGAGAUGAAUAGUGGUGUCUCGACUUUGAGAAAUACGACGAUCCAAUUAAUAUCUUUGCUGCUCGGUAUGGCUGUUGCCCUUUGUAUAUCUCUUGUAGAAUGAUUUCUUGAUUCUAAUUCUUUAGAUUCUUUUUCUUUUUUUAUUGUUCGAGUUUUUCGAGACCACGUUAAGAGAAGUGUUAACACUUGGAAGUCUUCCACCAGAUGUUGUAUUAGCAGUUUAAUUAAAUAUGAUUGAUCAAGAAAUAUUCGAAGGGGUGUUUUGUUUUUUAAUUUCCCAUUAUACCAUACAUUAUUAAACUUC